GAUAUAUAAUACUGCUGUCGUUUGGCAGCUUAUACUCAGUGUGAAUUCAGCAGCAUCGUGGCAACAUAUCGCAUGACAUAAAGAAGCAGACAGAUUAAAAUAACAGAUAGAAGAUCCGUGCUCGGCUGACUACUUGCUAAGAAUAUAAGAUAACAAGAAGUUGAGACCUACCGAAAAUUCCUGGAACGAUUGGUUGCUAAUCGUCCAAAGUGAAUCCACAAUUGGGGAGCCGGGAAAAGUUCUACCAUUUGAAUUUUACAGUAAACCUUGUUUCCGUAGCAACGAGCGGUCACGUGAUCCGAAAGGAGCCGAGCGCGGAACUGUGAAGACCGAGGUUAUAAAUAGAGGGCGCCGGCUAGCGGGGAGCCUCUUUUACUUCCUCCACGUUCUGCGGUGCAUUUGCUCGUCUAACGUUGUGUCGUGUGUUGCGGUCGUGUAGUGCUCGCUCGCGCGAAGCCAGUAACAGAAAGAGCAAAGAAUACCUGCUGUUCCGCAGCCACUGCUAGACAUAACGCAAGCUAAUAGAACGAGUCAGAGACAGCCGUGUCAAGAACAUUUGAGGAAAAAAUCGGAAACGAGAAGAAGGAAAAUGCCGGAGACCGCGCAUCACAUGAACGGAUACGCGAACGGGCACACGGCGCCCGAGCUGCAGCAGGGAACGAGUUUCCUCUUCACCUCGGAAUCCGUAGGCGAGGGACAUCCAGACAAGAUGUGUGAUCAAAUAAGCGAUGCCAUCCUGGAUGCACAUUUACAGCAAGAUCCCAAUGCCAAAGUUGCCUGUGAAACUGUGACGAAGACUGGCAUGGUCCUACUCUGUGGCGAAAUCACAUCAAAGGCUGUGGUUGAUUAUCAGAAAAUUGUUCGAGACACAGUAAAGCACAUUGGUUAUGACGACUCUUCGAAAGGUUUUGACUACAAGCUCUGCAAUGUCCUGCUGGCUCUUGAUACCCAAUCAUCGAAUAUCGCAGCUGGCGUUCAUGAGAACCGCAGCGACGAGGAGGUUGGCGCUGGCGAUCAGGGCUUGAUGUUCGGUUACGCCACCGAUGAAACUGAAGAAUGUAUGCCGCUGACCGUCGUUCUGGCGCACAGGCUGAACCAGAAGAUCGCUGAACUCAGACGAAGCGGUGAACUUUGGUGGGCUCGGCCGGAUUCUAAGACUCAGGUUACCUGCGAGUACAUAAUGGACCACGGAGCUUGCGUGCCUGUCAGAGUGCACACCGUGGUCGUGUCCCUGCAGCACAGCGAGAAGGUCACCCUGGAGGAUCUGCGGAAGGCUGUCAUGGAGAAAGUCAUCAAGGAAGUCAUUCCAGGAAAAUAUCUGGAUGAGAGAACGAUCUUCCACGUGAAUCCUUGCGGGUUGUUCAUUAUCGGUGGGCCACAGAGUGAUGCUGGACUCACGGGUCGUAAGAUUAUCGUCGACACAUACGGAGGUUGGGGAGCCCAUGGUGGUGGCGCUUUUUCCGGCAAAGAUUUCACUAAGGUUGAUAGAUCUGCUGCUUAUGCUGCAAGAUGGGUCGCUAAAUCGUUGGUAAAGGCUGACCUUUGCAGACGCUGCCUUGUCCAGGUUUCAUACGCUAUCGGUGUUGCUGAACCACUAUCCAUCACGGUCUUCGAUUACGGGACAUCAAAACUCUCCCAGAACGAGUUGCUGGAGAUCGUGCGGAAGAACUUCGACCUACGCCCUGGAAAAAUUGUCAAGGAGCUAAAGUUACGCAAUCCAAUGUACCAACAGACUAGCACAUAUGGUCAUUUCGGUCGCGAUGGCUUCGCUUGGGAACAGCCCAAGUCUCUGAUUCUCGAUUGAUCAGAGGAUCAUCUAUAAACCACUUGUCAUUUCUUAAUUUAAAAACCUUUCGACUCUCUAAGUAACCGUGUAUCUCGUAACUUCUUCCCGGAAUAUUCCCAAACCUCCGCGCUGUAAACCAACAGACGACUAACCGACCUGAACGACCAGGAAAAAGAUCGCUCAGUCGCGUCGCCAUUCGUCCUUUAUCGUCUGAGGCAGACUCUUGGAUGUCAGCGACCAAAAGAAAAACAGGAAGUGAGAGAUUCCAAGAGAAGGAGGUUUCCAUUGCUCGUCCUUGCGGAUACGGAACAGUUAGUACAAAUUAGCGCGAUCUCCAUGCAAGUCCAGCAGAAGAGACGGAGUUACGAGUAUCUGAAGGAUUACGCAAAGGGGAAGCGGAUGUGGCAAUCGUGUCGGCAGCGGAUUGGGAACCUCGGAGUUACGGUUCGAUGGGCAACAAUGGUCGAGAAAAAUAGAAAAUAAAAGAAUGCACGGAGCUUUAUUAUGAGGUCCCUUGAAAUCCUAUCUUCGAAGUACCGCCCGAAUAAGUAACUAAGUCUGUAUAUAUUAUAUGUAUCGGCAGUGAAAUGUCUCGUUGUGUAGCGCGUAAAUACGAGUAAUGGCUAUAGGAGUGAUGCAGGAACAGUGUCAUGCAAAGGAAUAAUGCACAAGGACGCUUGAAAUUCUUGGCUUCGUUCUUUUCGUCGUCGUAGUCGUAGUCAUCGUCAUCGUCAUCGUCAUUGUCAUCGACACGUUCCUGGCGUCGCCCUCUUAGCGAUACUUGAACUAAAGACAUCUAUCUCGUCUAGAACCUUAGCCAUUUUAGUAGCCAUAAUUGUUCGGGAAAGGUCAUAUCGAGAAGAGGAGGAAGAAGAAGAAGAAGAAAAGUACGCCCAAAUGCAAUUCGAACUUUAUCUUUAUUAUUAUAUACACUUAAAGAUGCACGGUUCAUGAGUGUCACGACACCUAUAACAAUUCAUUCGCGAGCGAUUCGUUACCAGUAAAAUUUAGUCGAUUGAGCCUUCAACGCGCGUGCCAUCGCGUUUUCUCUUUAACUCUGCAUCGGUAAAUUGAACGAGGAACUGCAGAUGUGACACGAUUCUGUGAAAGAACCGAACGAAUUUAGCCAGAAUGAAGACGAAAGAAAGAAAGAAACGUAAGACCGCCUGAAAAGCGUAUUCUUAGUAAACUAACACGUCGAAUUAAUUGGGGGCCUGAGUCUCUGGUCGCAUUCAGAACUGCCCGAGCAAGUGUUAGACACAGUGCGCAAAUAUGAAUUGUCUUAAUUAUUUAAUUUAAAAUCAGAAGAUUGCGAUCAGAGCGCUGCUACGGUUCAUUUCCUGCUUGAUCCAUAUCAACCAGUUUAGGUUGAAGAAGCGGAAGUAUCACGUGAACGAAGGACAGUCUCCCGAGAAGUUUUCAAGGCAAAUGGAAAACAGGAAACAAUGAAGGAGUACGAAAGGAAGGAUACAGUGUGAAAGAACCCUUGAUAAACAUACAACAUGCAUGCGAAAUAUCGAUCAGAACAGUUUGAUAAUAAUGCAGAGAUCAACCACAGAUCGCACGUGCGACGGAGCUCGAAUUAUGCAAAAUGAAGUAAUCUUUUUUUUUUGUAAUUGUGUUACACAAAAAUAGAGUUUAUCAUUGUUAAGCGUCUUGGAGGAAACCGUAUUUAGUCGAAUUACACCGAACCUCUAUUAUCGAACCAAGGAAACUUUACCCUUGAAUGAGAGAUGAAUAAUUAUGUAAAAAUGCACAAGACCAUCGUAUAUAGUAGGCAUAAUAAAAGAAAAAGAUUUUUUUUAAGAAAAAACAA